AUGAGUCGUGCAUCUCCUGCCCUGCUCUCACGCUGGCUCGCGCAACCAACGGAGCUUCUCUUCCCUCGGCUCCUCCGAUCGCAACAACGACAACUACCAAGCCGACGAUUCCUCACCCUGCAAUCUCGAUCAAGUCAAGCUAGGAAACCCAAGACCGUUCUCAAUGAUAGAUCUGCCACAUCCUCAUCAUCCUCAUCAUCUCUCGCAUCCUCUACCUCCAGAUUCUGCCGCGCCCAACGGCGCUUCAACUCGACCAAAUCAUCCACCCCCGGCCCCUCUUCCUCGCAGGCGCAAUCGCAAGCGCAAAAACAAGCACCCCAGGGCCUCUCUCAACGUCUGCGCACAUUAUCCCGUGAAUACGGCUGGGCCGCGCUGGGUGUAUACCUGGGUCUCUCGGCGCUGGACUUUCCCGUGUGUUUUGUCGCGGUGCAAUUACUUGGUGUCGAUCGCAUAGGACAUUGGGAACAUGUGAUUGUGUCCUCGGUCAAAAAUGCCGUGCAUUCUAUGUGGCCGUCGACUUGGUCGCAGUCGCGUAAGGGCGAGGCCCAUGAUGGGAAGAGAGAUGAGGAGGGUGGUGAAGAGAGUGAGAGCCAGAAUAAAGCUAGCAUCUGGACUCAAUUAGCUCUGGCAUAUGCCGUUCACAAGAGCUUGAUCUUCAUUCGAGUUCCCUUGACCGCGGCCGCGACGCCCAAGAUUGUCAAGGUCCUGCGCCGGUGGGGCUGGGAUAUCGGUAAGCGCAAGCCUAAGAGCACCUAG